AUGCUGCUGAUCCUUACUCUGGCCGCCGCUAUGCUCGCCGUGCUGCUGUCGCCCAUGCCGGCUGCCGCCAUGCUCGUCGUGCUGCUCUCGCUGUGCCGGCCGCCUCCAUGCUCGUCAUGCUGCUCUCGCUGUCCCCGCUACCGCUACGCUCGCCGUGACGCUGUAGCCGGGCUCGCCGAAAUGCUGGCCGACGAAACGGAGUUCAAAGCCCGACAAAUCGUUGACGACUACCGGGCGUAUUGGGAGGACUGCCGCGCGUAUAUGCAGUACCCGCCUCGGCUCUUCGUGACCAUGAGAGGCCUCCCGGGCAGUGGCAAGACAACGUUUGCUCAAGAGGUCGCUCGUAAUGCAGCAACAAUUGAUUUCCGCGCAUCGAUUUGCUCAGCUGGCCUCUUCUUCCAGCGCGGAGGAUCCUAUGUGUUCGACGCGAGUCGGCUUUGGGAGGCGCAUCGAAGCUGCUACGAACAAUGCAGAGAACUCCUUUGGCGCAGCCCCGACCGUGGCGUGGAUAUCGUUAUCGUCGACAACUGCAACCUUCGGAUGGAUGAUUUUGAGCGCUAUCAGGAUCUGCACAUUCCCUCGGACAAGCUUGCGUACCUCAACAUCUGGAGACACAACGCACCGGAGGAACCGCGCCCCGACAACGAGGUGGACACCGUCAAUGAGCUCCACAUCGAUGACGAGCUGACCACCGUCAAUAUGCCGCGCGCCUACAUCAUCACGCUGGAAGAGUUUAUGCGUGAUCGCUAA